CUUUUGUACUUGUAGUUGUAGUAUUAAACUGUUGCAGUUUUGAAUCUGUUGUGGUUGUGGAGGUUAUUUUCUCCUGUGUCCAAUAUCUUGAUAACACAUCAAGUGAGCGCGGUUUGUUACAAACUUGUGCUAGAUCGCGGACGCGAACGGCUUUGAGAAGUGGACUUGGUCACAAGCUACAGGAGGCGAAUCUGGAGGAUUUCUCAGUCAAACAUGGAUCAAAUUCCUGAUUGUUGGAUCAGUCGCAAUCUCUCUGAGAAGACCAGACAAAAAGCAGAAGCGGAGCUGAACGAGUCAGACGAACGGAAAGCUCAGGCUAUCACUGAAUUGCGCCAGAAAAUUGGAGAGUACUCCACUGAGAAUCCGACAUUAAAGUUACCCCAGUCUGAUGAUGAUGCCUUUCUGGUUCGAUUUCUCAGGGCGAGGAAGUAUGAUGUAGACAGAGCCUUAAAAUUGAUUGUUAGUUAUGCAACGUUUAGAGCUACGCAUACGGAGCUGUUUGAGGGUGUCACUCUAGAAAAGAUACGUCCAAUCCUGGAGCACAAGCUGCCAUUUGUCCUGCGUGAGCGAGAUGAGGAGGGCCGAAGAGUUCUGUUAUUCCAACCAGCCAGAAUGGAUCCCAACCUUUUCAAUCCUAUGGACGUGCAAACUGCGUUCGUGUACGUGCUUGAUGGGCUCAUCCAGGAUGAAGAGACCCAGGUCAAUGGCUUCAUCAUGGUCGAAGACUAUACUGACAUGACGAUGAUGAAGAUGAUGAUGUUUGAUCAGAAGCUGAUUAAGCAAAUGGCUGACCUCGUCCAGGAAGCCUUUCCAGCUCGUUUCAAGGGAUUUCACAUGGUCAAUCAGCCAUGGUUUUUCAGCAUUGCUUGGAAAAUCGCCAAGCCAUUCCUGAAAGAGAAGAUGAGAAGCAGGAUUCAUAUGCACGGUACAGACAUGAAUAGUCUGCAUGAAGCACUGGGCAAGGAAGGUCUCCCUGCCGAGGUGGGAGGUGAACGACCUGCUUACGACCCGGCAGAGCUUAUUGAGUUUCUGCGUUUGGCGAAUGUUCAAAGGCCGCCAGCAAAACCUGAGUCCUCCAGCGUAUAGCUUGUCAUAUGUCGUCGGAACAUGUCCAAUUUUUAGGUCAGUCAGCAAUAUUGACUACAUCCCAUUAGUCUCCACAGUCAAAGACCUGCAAACCUUGCAAACAUGUUUUUCUGGUUGAUCGUACUUUCAGAAGAGUACGUCAACAAUAUGUUGUCUUUGUGCAUUUGUGGAUUCCCUCUACCGGAUUGAUGUAUAUAUAUAUUGUGUCAACCAUCUUGAAAAUAUGACUACGAACGUUCCAAUGGUGUAACUAACUGAAGCUGAUUUUUAAAUGAAUUUGACGAAACUAGAGUAGUGUUAUUUUCUAUACCCAAAGUGGUAUAUUACUAUAUUGUGCUGUGAAGAGUUAGGGUUAACAGUGCCUGUCAAUUUACAUGACAGUUUUCCGUAUUCCGCAAUUAAGUACGGUGAUUCAGACAGUGCUUUCUUUCUUUCGGCAGCCUUUGAACAAACUUGGUUAUGACAGCCGCAUUUUUAACCGGCUCGUUUUGCAGGUGACUAGAAAUUAAUAAUGUUUACACAUUCCUCUAUGAAGUUUAGCUCAGUAUGGAAAAUAUCUGUAAUCUUCUUUUUAUACUUCA